AUGGCUGUCAAGUCUUUGGAUGGCCUCACGGGUGAGGAAAUCGCCAAGAUUGCCUAUGCCCACCUUCCGAUACAGCCUUCUGGCUUAGGCGCCGUUUGCGAGCUUCUUAUCUAUACAUUCGGCAUUAUUUGUACGGCUGUCGUGUGUUUGAGAGCUUAUGUGAGGACGUUCAGGGUCAAGAAUGAUCAGAAAUGGAGGUUGAAUGAUUAUUUGGCAGUGAUUGGGUUUCUCCCAUACAUCCCAGCGAGCGUUCUAGGCGUCCUAUCAGUCCACUACGGCAUCGGCGCAACCGACAAAACCCUCGACACCCACCCGAACCGCAACUUCCUCACAGUCCGCGGCAUGGAAUACCUCAUUCUCUACGAACUAAUCUACUACGCCUCCUCCACCCUAACAAAAUUCGCCAUCGCAGUAACAAUCCUCUACAUCUGCGUCGAACAUCGGUACAAGUACAUAAUGUACACAAUCAUGAGCAUAAUGGCCAUAACAAGCUGUAUCUGUGUGGUCUGGUUCUUCGUCAACUGUGUUCCAUUCCAAGGAUAUUGGAAUCCGGGGGUGGGCGAAUGUAAAGCUGCGGAUGGGUUCUUGAAUCUGAGUUACGUGGGUACGGCGGCGCAGGUGGCGAGUGAUUGGGCUUGUGCUACUACGCCUUUCUUUGUGGUGUGGAAGUUGCAGAUGACGAGGAGGAGUAAGGUUGCUGUUGUGGCGGUUCUGGGGUUGGGUGUUUUGGCGAGUAUUGCUGCUCUUAUGAGGAUCAUUUCGUACAGCGGUCUGUGA